AAAUAAUUCAAUCUGUCAUCACAUUAAUAGCGUAUAAGAGUGAGAUGAUGUCCAGCAAAUAGGUAUUGAAUCUGAUCCUAGCAACGAGCUAAGCUGCAAGGAGAUCAAGCAUUCAUUUCACUACAGCUCCAGCAUAAAUUCCCAGCUUUCGACUGCGUUCUUUGAAGACGAUCAGAAGCAGUUUCAUGAUGACAGAGGGCAAUGUGAAAGAGCACCACUUGAUCGAAAUCAAAGACGAAGAAGACAGUGUGACCAUAGCAUCUUCCAUUAGAAUAAAGCUUCGUAGCAAAGCACCAUUACCACCUAGCACUUGCAUAUACAGAGUCCCAGAUGCACUGAAGAAUCUUCAUGAAAAGGAUUUUGUUCCUAGUUUAGUUUCAAUUGGACCAUUUCACCAUGGCACAAAGAAGCUGCAAGCCAUGGAACAAUCUAAGCUUUGGUACUUGCGCCAGCUCCUUGAUCGAAAUCCGAAUCCUGAGACCAACUUGGAGCACAUGGUUAAAAAGAUCAGAGGCAUGGAAGACUAUUCUCGAGAAUGCUAUAAUGAAAAACUUGAUCAUCUGAGCAGUGCAACAUUUGUAGAAAUGAUGGUUGUCGAUGGCUGCUUUAUUCUUGAAUACUACCGCAGAAAAAUAGGAGAAGUUCCCACAGACCCGGAUGAUCCACUGUUCAAUAUUAGUUUAGCAAUGUCACCAACUCUUACAAGUGACCUUGUUAUGCUAGAAAACCAGCUGCCAUGGAGAGUGCUUGACUGUUUAUUCUUACUCACCAACCAAGUACCUAAUGGAAUGUGCAAGUCCUUAGCUGAGCUUACUCACAAUUGUCUCCCGAUUAGGGGGCCUGUGUCUGAUGAUCAUCUAGAGCAAACAUCGGAAAGCAGACAUUUACUGGACAAUGUCAGAAUCCUUUCAGCUGAACUAGAUAAGAAAGAGGAGAUUAUGCCAUUUUGGGACUGUAUGCCCUCUGCGACCAAACUUCAGCAAAUUGGAGUCAUGUUUCAACCCAACAGAAGCAACAUCAACAUGAACAUGACAUUCCUCGACGGAGUGCUGGAGAUUGCACCAAUAACCAUCCAGGGUGAUAAUCCUGUCUUUCGAAACCUCAUCGCCUUGGAACAGUGUGAACCAGGGCCACAUAGGUAUCAAAUUAGCACUUAUGCCAGGGCAUUGGGUGACCUUAUUCAAUCUAGCAAAGAUGUGGAGUUUCUCAUCAAGAACGAGAUAAUCCAAACCAGUUUGAACAAGGAGGACAUAGCCAGUUUCUUCAGCGACAUUUGCAAUUGUUUGGCAACAUCCUCCUGCUGUAAGUCUUUUUGGCAAGUUUCCACAGCAGUGAGAAAGUAUUAUAAACAACAUUGGUUACAAAGGUUGAUAGCAUACAUCAAACAUAACUAUUUGUACAAUCCUUCAUCGAUAUGGUCAGUUUCUAAUGCUGUUGUCCUUAUUAUAGUUCUUACGGUUCUGCAAACCGUAUAUACAGUCCUCUCUUACUACCAGUCUUAGCCUUCCAUCAAGCAUUCUGGUUCUCUCAGUGCCUUCAAGGUUCUGAAGAUUGUUGUUAUGCAUGUUCUAUGCAAACCAUAAUUCAUGCUGUAAUUUCACUUUUGUUGUUGUUGUUAUUAAAAUGAAGUGAACCCUGUAAUAUUAUGUGAAUGGCCCUAGUUUUGAGUGAUUGUAAUUUCCCCUAGUACUGGAGUAUGCAAUACUUCUUGUAAUUGUUUGCAACACUUCUAUUUUAUUGUAAUCUUUUUGUAUUUUGUAAUCAAACCAAAGGAGUAAAGUUUCUGUUAU